AUGACUACCGUCGCCCUCGCUCGACCAAUUCCGCCUCACCGUCCCUCGUCUACCAUAACUCCGCCACUCUCUCUUGAAUCUAGCUCUAGUUCUACUUCGCCAUGCUCAAUUCCCGUCCCCAAUAAGCAUCUUCCCAUAUGUCCUACUGGACCUGCUCGCCCAGACGAGCCUCAUACUCCGCCGCCAUCUCCUCCGUCUCAAGACCAGCUGCAACAGACCUCUGCUUUAUAUCCGCUUGACGGCUUCAAAAGACUUGAAUCGAGCGAACUUUCCAUUUAUGAGCUUGAUGCAUCAAAUGUCGCCCAGGCCCUGGACGUUGCGUCACGACAACCGCUGCCUGACCCGGCUCUGGUUUUCCCAUGGUUUCAUGGCCUACACCCGCAGAACCAUGUUCAGCAGUCCUUCUUUGCUGCUCGACGGAGGCCUCUUCGGCGCACCCCCUCUUGCCUGAGAUCUGUCACUCUUGUCAAAGCUGACGGAGAUCUAAACUGUGCGCGGCUGAAGGGGGCGGUUGCUCCGAAUGAGAUCGUUCAAGCAACCAAGCCCACCGAGUUUAUUGAUGCGGAUCCUCGUGAGGGGUUUUCCGUGAGGAACUUCCAAAUCCAGACAGUAAAAACUGCAGUCUUGUCGGACAUAAUCGUCUAUGGUGGAGAUUUGAUCAAAACUCGUAAAGUCGCAUGGGAUAUCGCGAGUGCACAGAAGCGGUGGCGCGAAAGAAAUGAGGAUCAGGGUGUUUGGAUGCCCGAGUAUCAUACUUUUGUUUGCACAAGUCCAUUCUCAGAAUUCGAAGAAAAUCACCCUGAAAUAGUGGCCGUAGACGCCUCCAGCCACUUGACAGGCAAUGUCCUUGAUUUCUUCAACCAAGAGAGACGAGAGAUGUGGGCCAUGACGGAGGCAUCCGAGUUUUCCAAGAAUGUCUUCAUGGGCCCUACGCCUGAGCAGGGAAGCCCUGAAGAGCAGAAGUAUGACAUUUUGAUUGAGUGCAGCGACCUUGGCCGGCUGAACCCAUUAGCUCUCCAGCUCAUUGCUGAAAGCCCUGAUGAUGACAACAAGCAGCGAUUCUUUGAUUUCCCAUCAUCCGGAAGUAUUCUUCCACCGACCUGGUCACAUUCCGAAGCAGACGGUAUCCUUGAAACAUGUAAAUGGAUCUACCAUCUCGCCCAUGGCUCGUAUCCCGAUCCUGAAUCAGCAUUGGGCACAGAUGAUCUGGACGCCGAGGGAGACUCGCCUAUGCCCUCAGACCAGCAACCUAUCUUUGACGUCAAGCCUCGCAAGAUCUUACUCCAUUGCGCUGAUGGCUAUACUGAGUCGACUAUGUUGAGCAUCGCCUAUUUUAGCUACAGUACGGGACGGCCUGUUCCUGAAGCAUGGCUUAAACUCCAUACUGAAAAGAAGCGGAAUUUCUUCGCUUAUCCCACCGAUGUUGCAUUAUUAACCUCAAUCACACCACGACUGCUCCGAGAGUCUCCUGUUUGCAAAGGCCUGAGCCUGACUGACAUCACUCAUUUGACCAGGGAUGAGCCAAGCUGGUUUGCUGCCCUGGAUGGAUCAUUCCCAAGUCGAGUCUUGGAUUACAUGUACUUGGGUAAUCUGGGCCAUGCUAAUAAUCCAGAUCUCCUACGGGCCCUUGGCAUCACUCAGAUCCUGAGUGUGGGCGAGACAGCCAUGUGGCGAGAGGGAGACCUUGAGGAUUGGGGCAAGGAGAAUGUUUGCGUGGUUCAGGGUGUUCAAGACAAUGGCAUUGAUCCAUUGACCGAGGAAUUUACUCGAUGUCUCGAGUUUGUUGAUCGGGGCCGUCGAAAUGGCACUGCAACAUUGGUGCACUGCCGCGUGGGAGUUUCUCGCAGCGCUACUAUCUGUAUUGCCGAAGUGAUGCGAUCGAAGCAAAUGUCUUUCCCUCAUGCGUAUUGCUAUGUCAGAGCCCGACGCUUGAACGUAAUUAUUCAACCACAUCUUCGAUUCGCCUACGAACUUUUAAAGUAUGAGGAGGCGCUCCAGCAGGACGGUGAUCCAGACGCCGAAGUCAAACGAACCUUGGAGUGGGCAGAGAUUGCACGGGAGAUCGCACUCAUGAACCGACCAUAUUCUCGAUAA